AACAGUGUAAUGCAGCUUGUAUUUCUCUGGCAUGUUUUGCUUAAAGCUCGCCUAAGAUUGUGUUUUAAAAGCCCCAAAAAAAUAUGGGUAGAGUUUUGGCAGAGACAGAUGCGCACUGCAUUUUCGGGCCGGUAAGAGCAGCAAGUCCCGAGCGUGUUGUGCUGUCGUAAAACCCACGUGUCCUUCCUGGAGGGGGGAGCUGAUGUUGUACUUGAAACGGGGCUGGGGUAACAAACACGGCGAAGCGUCCAGUCUGCGCGAUUAUGGUGUAGCAGGCUGGGGAAAAAAUUGGAAAGCGCUGCGAGGGGCGAAUAUUGCUUACUUUUCCCGUAAACUGGCCGCGCUUGGAGAUGCUGAAACCCGGUGACCCAAGCGGAUCUGCUUUUCUAAAAGUGGACCCGACGUACAUCCAGCACUGGCAGCAGCUUUUCCCCCAGGGCCAGUUGAAGAACGGGACCCUUGCGCAGCUCCAGCCGCCCGAGAGGACGCCUAUUUCAGUGGAAAGUCUCCGCCAGCGCCCCAGCCUCAUCUCUUCCGCUUCGGCGGCUUUGACGCCGUCCUCCACCUCUUCCACCACUUCGGCAUCGUCGCUCGCUGGUCUUACUCAGAUAUCCGUGCCGCAGAUAACACUUUUCGGACAAACGCUAUGCAGCGACAUCCCCUCGUCAGCGAACACCAACCCCCAGCCAAAAGACGUUUGUUUGCAGACCAGCAGUAAAAAUGACAGAGGAUCAAGGUAUAAAUUCACUUCCGAGGAGUUAGAUUACUACCUCUACGGACAGCAGAGGAUGGAGAUAAUUCCGCUGAACAACCACGCCGGCGACCCCAAUAAUCGUUGUGACAUGUGUGCGGACAACCGGAACGGAGAGUGCCCCAUGCACGGCCCCCUGCACUCGUUGCGCCGGCUAGUGGGGACCAGCAGCGCGUCGGCUGUGGUGCCGCCCCCUGAGGUCCCCGAGUGGCUGCGCGACCUGCCCCGCGAGGUCUGCCUCUGCACCAGCACCGUGCCCGGCCUGGGUUACGGCAUCUGCGCUGCUCAGCGCAUCCCCCAGGGCACCUGGAUCGGGCCCUUCCAGGGGGUGCCGCUGCUUCUGGACAAGGUGCAAGCAGGAGUCACCCGCAACACACGGCACCUGUGGGAGAUCUACGACCAGGAAGGCACGUUACAGCACUUUAUCGACGGCAAUGAGCCCAGCAAGUCCAGCUGGAUGAGGUACAUCCGCUGUGCGCGACACUGUGGAGAGCAGAACAUGAUGGUGGUCCAGUACAGGUCGUGUAUAUUCUACCGGGCCUGCAUGGACAUCCCCCGUGGCACGGAGCUCCUCGUCUGGUACAAUGACAGCUACACGUCCUUCUUCGGGAUCCCCCUGCAGUGCGUUGCACAGGAUGAGAACCUGAACGUGCCGGCCACUGUGGUGGAGGCCUUGACUAAGCAGGACAGCCUGCAGGCCUUCGGGAAAGGGGGCAAGCCGCCCGGGCUACCGGUGAUAGCGGCGCUCCGCUCCAUGGUCUUCCCCCACUCGCCCUGUGCUCGCAACUUUGCCCUGCUCGAGAAGCCGGGCUCUGCCGACUCCGGGUUCGGCCCCCUGGGCAGCAACAAGAACCAGCAGCGCGUGCUGGCCAGUCCUACCUCCACCAGCCAGUUGAGCACAGAGUUCAGCGACUGGCACCUCUGGAAGUGCGGUCAGUGCUUCAAGACCUUCACCCAGCGCAUCCUGCUCCAGAUGCACGUGUGCACGCAGAACCCGGACAGGCCUUACCAGUGCGGCCACUGCUCCCAGUCCUUCUCCCAGCCGUCCGAACUGCGUAACCACGUGGUGACCCACUCCAGUGACCGGCCCUUUAAAUGCGGAUACUGUGGCCGGGCAUUCGCCGGGGCAACCACCCUUAACAACCACAUCCGCACUCACACUGGGGAGAAGCCAUUCAAGUAAGUAACAGUGCGAGCGAUGUGACAGGAGCUUCACACAGGCCACCCAGCUGAGCAGACACCAGCGGAUGCCCAACGAGUGCAAACCGGUCAGUGAGAGUGGCGAAUCAAUCGAGGUGGAUUAGGUGAUGGACUGGCCGGAAUUAAACUGCAAGGAAAAUCAUGAUUAAAUGUCACGGACACUUAAGCAAAACCAAAGAUUUCCUCUUGAGAAACUCUCGAUCAGCCCCAGAAAACCAAAAGCAGUAAUAAAAUAAGUGAGAUGUUAAGAGAUAUUGAUCCUGGCACAGAUAAGAACCUGGGACGGACUGGUGGGGGGAGGGGGGUGCUGAAAUGGGGGGAGGAAAGAUGAUUUAUUUAUAACCGGGUGUCCCAGAGCUUAGGGGAGCCUGGGGAUUGCAAAGAUACCAAAAAUCAGCCUGCGUCUGUAGCUUUCUUAUAUUACACUUUCAUACUCUUUGUAUAACACCAAAGGCAGCCGGCCGGUCAGGGCGCUGAGUCGGACCUCUCUGUACUGAGAAUGCACAAGCUUACCUUUAACGGAUCCGUUUCUACAGCAUGAUUUUACAGGAGCACGGGGGGGGGGGGGGGGUAAAAUGUCCCCCUCCUUUUCGUCUCAAUGUGAUAUUCUGACAC